AACCACCUCUACUGCAAAUAGAGGGUGUUUUCUUACGGAACACCCAUCCAUGGACUUCUCAACGCUCUUAGCGUUCUUCUUGUCGUCAGCUAUCACAGUAUGGCUUAUUGUGCCAAUCGUUGGAGUCGUCACUCGAUUCCGUAUCAAUUACACCCCCAAAGGAGUGGGUUUGGGUGAAACUGAGGAAGGGGACAGUCAGAGGCUUAGUCAAGACAUGCGUGUUGGCCCCGUCGUGAAUUCUCCGCUAGCAAUGUUCCUUCGCGUCAAGAGGAUUGAGGGGUACCAGGGAUUGUACAAGGGAUUGAUGCCCUUGCUGUUGACCGCCAUCCUCCAACACAUCCUGAGCUACAUUUUCAUUUCUGGAGGAGGCACCUCCCCACGCUAUGCUAUUUCUUCACAGGGGUUAUGGGGGACGAUUCUGUGGUGCUUCUUUAUCGUCAUUUGGUCCAUUCCUCGUGAAAUUCUGGUCAACCGUGCAAUUUGUACUCCACAUAAAUUACCAUGGUUAAACCCCAGACUAGCGCUGCGGGUCCUAUUCACCUCGUACGAACGCCAGAACCCUUGGCGCCUAUACUUCACACCUGGUAUCGCCCUUGCCCAAGCUCUCCACGUCAUUUACUUCUUUACUGUCGUUCGCGGCGCAAGAUCCCUCUUCGUUCCAUCAUUCACCCCCGGAUACCGUAGCUCAUGGGGCGUCUUGCGUGGUUUCUGGCCCUUCGUGGGUUUCGUGGUCUAUAUUCUUUUCCUAUGCCUGGGUUUCAUAGUCCUGUGCCCUCUUGAGGUGCUAGCGGCUCGCCUAAGCGUCCAGAGAAACCACUAUAGGAGUGCUGGUGGCGUGCCAGCACCUGUGCAGGAGGAGCUUCCGCCGGGAUUAGAAUACUCUGGGGAGAAUGAGGAUGUCAUUGGCCUAAGAGACGAGGAUCAGCCAUAUGAAGGGUUGUUGGAUGCGAUGAGAAAGAUAGUGGAGGAGGAAGGGUGGAGCACGCUUUAUCGCGCCUUUUAUUUGACGUUGUUCGGGACCGUGUUUGCGGGGUUGACAUAAACUCCGGAAACUAUGACCCUUGUGCUUAUUCUUUGCAACACAUAUUUGUAUGUUGACUCUGCAAAAUUGUAUGUUGAGUCCCCACGCACUGUCUAUCUUGAUAAAGAAAGAAAUGCCGCUCAG